UCUGCCGGACGUCUUUGGAAACGGACCGGAAACUAGUCCGACAGUGACUUUCUUCCGCACAUAUUCAAACAAGCAUUUCAUUGUUGCUUCACAUUCAACGUAGAAAUAACUGCGCUUUUUUUAUGUCAAACAUUUUGUAAACCGAGGACCACAUGAUCAUUGAACGCUUUUUACUAGCAUGUUGUCGUUAUUAUUCAAGGAUUAGUGCGUCGACAAGUUGAAGUUGUCCUAGGACGCCCAGGGACCAGGACUAUGGAUGUGGACGGCCGGGUCCACAGUCGGUCCUGGGACUGGGACAGUCCACACUGCCGAGCACAGCUGGACAACAUCUUCUUCCGUCCGAACGACUACGUCCAGGCCGGCAGCCAGGAACACAAAGACUUCUGGGCCUUCUUUGACCGCUUCCAGAGGUUUAAGGUAAAGCGGGACAUGUCUGGACCUGGACCGGGUCCCAGCCCUGACGGGAUCCGGCCUGGGUCCUUGGACCUCCCUCAGGACUAUGACGCUCGCUACCGCAUCAACGUAUCUGUGUGCACACGGGACGUGGAGGAGCGGCUCGGAUGCUCUCACCCGAGGUCCGAGUCCUCAGGUCCGAGUCCUCAGGUCAUCUCCGACUUCCGCCUGACCCUCCUGCACUUCUUGGACUUCAGUCAGCGGCAGAGCUUCUCCAAGCUGGCCAAGCUGCGCCGGGAGCAGAGGACCCUGCCCAUCUUCCAGUAUCGACACCGAGUGGUGGAGAUGGUGAGGCGACACCCGGUGGUGGUGGUGGCGGGGGACACCGGCUGUGGGAAGUCCACCCAGGUGCCCCAGUACCUCCUCUCUGCCGGAUUCACGCAGAUCGCCUGCACGCAGCCCCGACGCAUCGCCUGCAUUUCGCUGGCCAAGAGGGUCAGCUUCGAGAGUCUCAACCAGUACGGCUCCAAGGUGGGUUACCAGAUCCGUUUCGAGACCACACGGACCCUCGCCACCAAGCUGAUCUUCCUGACUGAGGGCCUCCUCCUCAGGCAGAUCCAGCAGGAGAAGACUCUGGAGCAGUACCAGGUUCUGAUCGUGGACGAGGUCCACGAGCGACACCUGCACUGUGACUUCCUGCUGGGCGUCUUGCGCUCCCUGCUGGCCGAGCGACCCGACCUGCGCCUCAUCCUCAUGUCGGCCACCAUCAACAUCAAGCUCUUCUCCGACUAUUUCGGCGGCGCUCCUGUGCUUCAGGUGCCAGGCAGGCUCUUCCCCAUACAGGUGACUUACCAACCCAUCCCGCCGGAGGAGCAGCCGUCGCGCUCUGAGAAGAUGGACCCCCGGCCUUACCUGCGCAUCCUGCAGGGCAUCGACCAGCGCUACCCGCCAGAGGAGCGCGGCGACCUGCUCAUCUUCCUCAGCGGCGUGGCAGAGAUCGGCACCAUCCAGGAGGCGUGUCAGGUGUACGCCACGCACACGCGCCGUUGGAUCGUGCUGCCGCUGCACAGCACGCUCUCCCUGGCGCAGCAGGACAAGGUGUUUGACAUAGCACCACCUGGUGUGAGGAAAUGCAUCAUCUCGACCAACAUCGCGGAGACCUCGGUCACGAUCGAUGGAGUACGCUUUGUGGUGGACUCGGGCAAGGUGAAAGAGAUGAGUUUCGACCCCAAGGCCAAGAUGCAGCGUCUGCAAGAGUUCUGGAUCAGCCGAGCCAGCUCGGAGCAAAGGAAAGGUCGCGCCGGCCGUACGGGUCCCGGAGUGUGCUACCGCCUCUACGCCGAGUCCGACUACGACGCCUUCGCGUCCUACGCCGUGCCCGAGAUCCACCGGGUGGCGCUGGACUCGCUGGUUCUUCAGAUGAAGAGCAUGGGACUCGGAGAUCCGCUGUCUUUCAUCUUCAUCGAUCCGCCGCCCGCCGCCAGCAUCCAGACCGCGAUUACCUACCUCAAGGAGCAGGGGGCGCUGGACCACCGCUGUGAGCUGACCUCUAUCGGGAGUCUUCUCGCUCAGCUGCCUGUCGACGUCGUCAUCGGGAAGAUGCUGGUGCUGGGCUCCUUGUUCAAUCUGGUGGAGCCUGUGUUGACAGUGGCCGCCGCUCUCAGCGUCCAGUCGCCCUUCCUGCGCAGCUCCCAGCACAACCCGGACUGCGCCACCGCCCGCCAGCCCCUGCACUGCAGCCAGGGAGACCCUUUCACUCUGCUCAACACCUUCAACGCCUGGGUGGAGGUGAAGGGCGAGAGAGGCGGCGAGUCCAGGAAGUGGUGUCGGCGGCGAGGCUUGGAGGAGCAGCGUCUUUACGAGAUGGUCAACCUGCGCCGGCAAUUCAAGGAGCUGCUGAGGAGCCACGGCCUGCUGGAGACCGCCGACGGCGACGACAACGGCGGUGGCGACGACCGCCUGCAGCGCCGCAAUCGUCGGAUGGAGAGGCGGAAGCUUCAUCAGAUGAAGAGGGAACACGAACAGCAGGAAGGCACCAAGCGGAAAAUCCUCAGGCUGGAAGAGGGCCAGGAGGGAGAGUUCUCCUCCGGGUCGGAGACGGAGCAGGCGGGAAGGAGGCGGAGCAGGAAGAAGGAAAACGAGGGAUCGGUGGACAUCCAGGAAGUCAAGUUCAAGCUGCGUCACAACGUAUCGGAGCUCCAGGGCGCCGUCAGCGCCAGCCAGGACCUUUCGUCCCGCCGACAGGCGCUCCUCAAGCUGCUACUGUGCCGCGGCCUCUACCCUCAGCUGGCUCUGCCCGACGACCACAACGCCGCCCGCAAGGACACCGAGCAGGUGUUCCACACCAAGAACAAGCAGGGCAUCGUCAUCCAUCCCACCAGCGUGUUUGCCAGCGACCCCGAGGUGUUGCACCCGCCUCAGGAUGGCGUCCAGGACCGAGCAGCAGACCGGCAAGACAGCAGCAAACAUCAGCUGCUGGCCUUCGUCACCUUGCUGGAGACCAACAGGCCGUACUUGUCCAACUGCGUGCGUGUUCCCGCGCUGCAGGCCCUGCUGCUGGUGGCCAACUCGGUGGACAGCAACACCGACUGCUCGCGCCUGCUGCUAGACGGCUGGCUGGAGAUACAGCUGAAGCGGCCGGAGGAGGCGCUGAGGGUGCUGUCGGAUGCCCUGAGCCUCCGGGCCGAGUGGGAGCGUCUCCUGCAGGCCCAGCUGGGGAAGGGCCUGGCCGGCGUGUCCCGCCGAGCCACGGAGAAGCUGAGCGAGCGCCUGGUCCGCUUCCUGUUGUACACCGAGACCAGCUACAGCCUGCAGAGGCUGACGGCCCUCCAGACGCAGAACCUGUACGUGGGACCCCAGGCGGAGUCAGAGGUGGUCCUUGGUGUCACGCCGCUGUUUCCGGGCCAGGAAGUCAAACCCGACCCCGUGAAGGGAGGCCUGCGCGUCACCAGCUUCUUCACCUACAACUGUCUGGCCGACUCCAGGGACCUGUACAGCGAGUGCCUGCGGACUUUCUGGAACUGUCCCCACUGUGACCUGUACAUGCCGCUGACCCCUCUGGAGCGCAUGCAGCACGAGACCACCUGCAGGCCAGCGGGCGAACAGCAGCAGGACGAAGGGGAAGACGGCGUAAAGCCAGUGUCCUCGUCUCACUCCAGCCUGAGCAGAGUUUACCACUGCGACGUUUGCCACGAAGACCUGACCCUCACGCCCACAGAGAUCCUCAAGCACAAAAGGCAGCACAUGUACUCUGCUAAGUAAACCACCGCGUUCCUACUACAUAAGUUGUCACGUUGUGUAAAUGGUUAAUAAAAGCUGAAUACAAUGAUUUGCAAAUCCUUUUCAACUUAUAUUCAAUUGAAUAGACUGCAAAGACAAGAUAAUUAAUGUUCACACUGAGAAACUUUUUUUUUGUGCAAAUAAUCAUUAACUUAGAAUUUAGUGGCAACAUCACCUUGCAAAAAAGUUGUCAGAGGGGCAUUUUUACCACUGUUCUACAUGGCCUUUCCUUUUAACAACACUGAGUAAAUGUUUGGGAACUGAGGAGACACAUUUUUGAAGUAGACCUUUUUUGGGCUUCAGAUUGCACCACACAUUUUCAAUGGGAGAUAGGUCUGGACUACAGGCAGGCCAGUCUAGUACCCACACACGUUUACUAUGAAGCCACAAUGUUGUAACAUGUGGCAUGGCAUUGUCUUGCUGAAAUAAGCAGGGGCGUCCAUGAUAACGUUGCUUAAAUGGCAACAUAUAAAUAAAUAAUAAAUGGGUUGUACUUGUAUAGCGCUUUUAUACCUUCAAGGUACUGAAAGCGGUUUGACACUACUUCCACAUUUACCCAUUCACACACUGAUGGGGGGAGCUGCCAUGCAAGGCGCUAACCAGCACCCAUCAGGAGCAAGGGUGAAGUGUCUUGCUCAGGACACAACGGACGUGAGGAGGUUGGUACUAGGUGGGGAUUGAACCAGGGACCCUUGGGUUGCUCCACGGCUUUGCUCCAAAACCUGUAAGUACCUUUCAGCAUUAAUGGUGCCUUCGCAGAUGUGUAAGUUACCCAUGCCUUGGGCACUAAUACACCACCAUACCAUCACAGAUGCUGGCUUUUCAAUUUUGUGCCGAGAACAGUCCGGAUGGUUCUUUUCCUCUUUGGUCCGGAGGACACAACAUCCACAGUUUCCCCAAAAAAAUGUAUAUGUGGACUCGUCAGACCACAGAACACUUUUUCACUUUGCAUCAGUCCAUCUUAGAUGAGCGAAGCCGGCGGCGUUUCUGGGUGUUGUUGAUAAAUGGCUUUGGCUUUGCGUAGUAGAGUUUUAACUUGCACUUACAGAUGUAGUGAGCAACUUUAGUUACUGACAGUGGUUUUUUGAAGUGUUCCUGAGCCCAUGUGGUGAUAUCCUUUACACACUGAUGUCGCUUUUUGAUGCGGUACUGCCUAAGUGAUCAAAGGUCACAGGCAUUCAAUGUUGGUCGUCAGCUUUGCUGCUUACGUGCAGUUAUUUCUCCAGAUUCUCUGAACUUUUUGAUAUUAAGGACCUUUGAUGGUGAAAUCCCUAAAUUCCUUGCAAUAGCUGGUUGAAAAAUCUUGUUUUUAAACAAUUUGCUCAGGCAUUUGUUGACAAAGUGUUGACCCAUGCCCCGUCCUUGUUUGGGAAUUACUGAGCAUUUCAUGGAAGUUGCUUUUAUACCCAAUCAUGGCACCCACCUGUUCCCAAUUAGCCUGUUCACCUGUGGGAUGUUACAAAUAAGUCUUCGAUGAGCAUUCCUCAGCUUUCUCGGUCUUUUUUACCACUUGUGCCAGCUUUUUUGAAACAUGUUGCAGGCAUCAAAUUCUAAAUGAGCUAAUAUUUGAAAAAAAUAACGUUUCCUAGUGUGAAAAUUAAAUAUCUUGUCUUUGCAGUCCACAGAACACUUGCGAUGAGGUGGCGACUUGUCCAGGGUGUACCCCGCCUUCAGCCCGAUUGUAGCUGAGAUAGGCGCCAGCGCCCCCCGCGACCCCGAAAGGGAAUAAGCGGUAGAAAAUGGAUGGAUGGAUGGGUCUUUGCAGUCCAUUCAAUUUGAAUAUAAGUUGAAAAGGAUUUGCAAAUCAUUGUAUUCUCUUUUUAUGUACCAUUUACACAUCGAGACAACUUCACUGCUUUUGUAUUAUCGUUAUGAUGAUGAAGAUUGGUGCAAUAAAUCACAAUUUUUUUCUCA